AUGCCAGGAACCUCGGAAAAGAGGGUUCUUCUCCUGGCUGAGCAAGAUGGGCAGUGGCUUGGGAAGGGGACAGCACCUUUGUCACCACACCAUGUCCCUGCCCCCAGCAGGCUGCACCUUCUGCACCCAAGACCUGCUGCAACUAAUAAGGAGGGGAGACGAGGACGGACGGCGAGCCUGUCCUCCUUGGUGGCCUUCAUUUCCACGCUGGGAGAGGCCAUGCCGGCCCCUGGGAUAGGGAGAGGUUGCCGCCUAGAUGCAGAAGGCGAACUGUGUCUGCGGCACUCUGUGAUCCCAGCGGCUAAAACCCACUCUGAGCUCUGUUUCCCAGCCCCCUUCUUUCCUGCUGGAACCCGCCUCAGGCACUCCCUCCUUCCCACCCCUCCCUCAGGCCAGCCUCCCUCUGGUCCCGGUGGUCUUUCUGACACAGGAGUCUGACCGCAUCUGUCUCCAGCCUCUAAAUGAAGCCCAGGCUCCUCCACAGUCAACAGGUGGGAGCACGGCUGUCCCUGCCCUGCCUGCCCUGCCAUCGCCUUGACUCCCGUGUGCUCUUUGACACUUGGCUCUGGGGACUCCCUGGAAAGCCCCUCUGAGGCUGGUGGUCUGCCUCCCUGCACAGAGCCACCCAGAGUGUGCAUGUGGAGGGGCUCGCAUGAGUGGAGAGUGGACAGGAGGAGGACAGGGGCACGAGGGGGAUGCAGGUUAUCCAAUUUAGUGCCUUAUUCCCCAAAGUGGGCCCCUGGACCAGCAGCCUCAGUACUGCCUGAAACGUGUAAGAAAUGCAAAUUCUUAGGCAUUACCCCAGACCUGCUGGAGUACACUCUGGGGGAACAGCCCAGCGUCUGCAUUUUAACCAGCCCCCAGGCGCUUCUGAUGCGUGCCCUGGCUUAAGAACCGCUGGCCCCAGGGUGGCCCUCCUCUGCUUCCGGAGCACAGCUAGCGAGUCAGGAGCAUCAGUCAGUAUUCCCAGUGCACCCACCACAAGCAGACAAAGGACAUAGGAGAAUGUGACUGGGUGAGUGGAAACCCAAAGCCCAUGGAAGGCCACCUGAGCGGACCUCAAGCAGGUGGACUGGGCUCGGGGGUUACUGAAGGACACAGAAAGCUCAGCUACAGCUACCUCUCAUCUGGGUUUUUGAGUGGUCAUUGGGGAGGCUGUUAUCAUUCUCUUCAUAGUCUCUCAGCUUUCCAUUACUCAUUGUCUCCUCUCAUUUGGAGAGUGAAAAAAAAAAUCUCGGCUGUAUGUGUAAGAAAAUAACAAUGCAAGUUUGUAGAGAAAGAAUCUUGGCCUUCUAGGUCAAGUUGACAUCUGAGCCCCUUCACAUCUAAGCACCUUGGAGAGCAUGCUGCCAAAACUUAGUACAUGCCUUUUCAUGCCUACAGAACUUUGGCCCUUUGCGCUUACUGUAGUGCCUACUUACUUAGACAAUGAAAUAGCUCAAAGGUUGAAGCCCCUAUUUCUCUUUUGUAAAAUGUAUUUUUUACAAGCAUGUAAAAAUGUAAUUUUUACAAUUUUUUAUGAUUCUGGCUCAUAAUUUCCUUGAUUCAAAGUCAAGCAAUUUUGCCCAGUCAGCAGUGUGUUGUUCUAAAUGUAUUUGCUCAGCUUUCCAGGCUGCCCCAAAUAACAACAUCGACAAGUUGUCAUUCGUUAUGCCUUGGUUGCUGCUUGAGGUUCUGUUUAAACUUAUGUCUGUCUGAUAUUUCAUUAUUGAGAGUAAAAAAUUUGGUCACGUUAUGCACUUUAAUUUUCUAAAGCAAAUAUGUUGGAAGAAGCCCAUUAAUGUAAACGUGGACUACUGGUCUUAUGCAGUUGGUUUAGGGGAAAGUUAGUCUAAAUGAAAAAUAUGGAUUAUAGAUCUUAAAAAUAUAUAGAAUUUAAAGGCUUGAAAGGAAACACAAGAGUAGUAGCCAGGCCUGGGAUUGGUUUUUAAGGGUCCUUCUUUAAUUAAUGGAUGUGAAAGUUUUAUGAUUUGAUAUUAGAAAUGCUACUACUGUAUAUAUAAAGUGCUUCAGGAGUUCCCCCAAAAUAUUUGAAACAUCCUUGCCGUUGCACUAUUUUUGAAGGAGUGGUUUGCAUUGAAGAGGUCAUACCAAAAUGAAUUAAUUUUUACAAAGCUAAUGGAAUCUCUUUUCAUCCUAUUGGAUUACAUCGACUGCAUCUUCAAUUUAAUUCAAAGUGCUCCUCAACCUAAAAUAUCAUAAUGUAUCUGUAUUUUAAAAUGCAUGUUACUGAAUCCAUUUUCUUUUCCAAUCUAUCAUCCAUACUGAGCAAGGUGAUUCUGCCAAAGCCCACCUCCUUAAAAGCAGAAUGGACCCUCUCAUCAGCAUGAGAGUGAGGUCCAAAUUCCUCAAGAAGACAGUGGGCUCCCUCCUCUCCGGCUGCUGCCUCUGUCCCUGGGACCCUUUCCUGCCUGCAGCCACAUGCACUGCUCAGCUUGGAAUCUACCCACCUGGGCAGACUCAUAAUAUGGACCCCAACUGUGCGCUUCUCCCAGCUCUGCUUACCUGGAGAAAUCCUCCCCACCAAUGUCCCCAUUCCUGCCCUUCAUUGAAUUUCCUCUUGUCACUCUGCGUUUGUUUUCUUACUCCCUCUCUUUGGUGUGACAGCCACUAGUUCCACGUGGUUCGUGGGGUGCACUCACAUAGCUAUUUGAAUUUAAAUUAAUUAAAAUCAAAGUAAAAAUGCAGUUCCUUGUUUGCACUUGCUAGCAUUCCAAAUGCUCGGUAGUCACAUGCAGUUAGUGGCUACCCUCUUGGACAGCAUAGAUAGAGAACGUUUCCAUCAUCGCAGAUAAUUCUGGACUCUGAGAUCUGUGGGGGCUAAGUUCCUCGCAGGCUUUCAACACUGCAUCUCCAGUGUCUGGCAGAUCGUCCGGCCUGCGGCAGAUGCUCAAGAAUUUUCCUUUAAAUUAAACCAAACUAAACUGACGUGGGACUGUCAUCAGGGUGUGCCUGUUGUCAAAGGAGGUUCUGACCUUCUGAUGCUGGGGUGGCGGAGGGGAUGGGAGCGGCCCAGUGCUCAGAGGAGAGGGAGCCAAAACCAGCUCAGAAGGCAUCUGUUACAUGGAGGUGCGACCUCAGCCCGGGCUCUGUCCCUGUGUGAGCACGCAUGGGUGGGAUGGGUGUCUGCCGCCCUGGAACUAGAGGACAACCUGGCUUGAGGGGUACCGGCGACUUUGGAAGUCAGGGUAAGAAGCUCAGGCUUCAUGUUACUGGGACUGAGAGCCCCUAGAAAUUACUGAGUAGUAGAGUGAUGUGAUAAAAUUAUAGGAAGAAUCAAAAAUAUUAAGACAGCUCCUUGGAUUUUAGGUCCCCGGAAUUAGGAAGGGUAAUAUAAGCCCCUGAGCACUGAGUCCUUUGAACAUUUGGGAGAAUAGAGGCCCCAAGUGGGAGAUCUUUCUCCUACUGGGCAACAAACACGGUUGCUCCAUUCCAAUUCAGAAGCCGCAUUUCCUGAUUAAGGAUUUGGCAGCCGUGGUGUUUCAUUGUUCAUUAUUCAUGAAUAGACUUGACUCUGUUCAAAAUUAAAGCUUAAAUGCUGAAAAUGAGGGCUGCAGAGAGGAUGGACGGUAGGGAACUUGCCUGCUUGGCUUAAGAACUGCCCCCUUUUCUCUGGAAAAUUCCUCUCUAGGAAACUGUGCCAAGACCUGGUGAGUGAGA